AUGGGUAAAACCGAAUUCAGCAAGCGUCAGCAGUCCUCACUAGACACUCCAAAAGGGAUAUUUAACGAGGUAAAUGCUUCGGUAGAAGGAAUUGGCACUCCGGAUGUAACACUGAAGAGCAGCCAACUUUCCCUGAAUGUAGCCGGCCAGGAGAAUCUCGGCUCCAUGCACUUUUGUACCAUGUCGUUCGGCACGCUCCAUCUCGAAAUCGGGUCACAUCGCACGGCUAACUCCAUAUGGCUGGCUAGCAAUCGCAAAAGGGACAUCGAAAUCAACGACUGGACAAUUGCUUGGACUUGCACUGUCGACAAAGAGGAGAUUCCACCAAGCUCUGACGAAUUCAAGGAAUUUCAAAAUCAGAUCAAGCAGCCUGGUGACUUCUCGAUCAGCUCUCUGUUCUUCCCCUUUACUAGUAAAUAUGAUUGUACUGCAUGA